UGCCCCCUUUGAAUGUGUGUCUUCGUCUGUCUCCCUGGGAAGUCAGAUCGAGGCUGGAGUUCCAUUGGAACCCUGCGCUGCAUUCCAUUCCAUUCAUGUUGGGCAGCGGCGGCAGCAGCCACGGGAAAGCGCGCGAGGCACGGAGCCCUGAGUUGCGACGGGGGGGCUGUUUGGUGUGGAAUGUAAUUAUGGCAGGCACAUCCGAAGCAAGCUUCGACUCAAGCUGGCUGAGUAGGAUGUCAGUCCCCACGAUGUCCUGAAUGUGGAGAGUAGUGGAAGAAGAGGAGAUAAUCCACAGAUCACUUUUCUCUGCUGCCUUUGGUUUGUUUCUGUUUAUUUUGUGGGUAGAUCAAUGCACAGCUAUUGCUGGAUGUGACACUUCCACCAUGUGGCUCUUAAGGCUAAAGUACCACCUGUCAGUCAACAUUUGGACUCUGCUGCUUCUGGGGAGCGCUUGGCUGCCCUUAUCAGAAGGCACCCCCAAGUCCUCCUCUCCCUUUAGGACUUUCCAGGUCACAGACUGGAGUUUGACACACUUGGUGGUCCACAAUAAAACUGGAGAGGUGUAUGUAGGUGCUGUCAACCGGAUCUAUAAGCUUGCAAACAACCUCACACUGCUGCGCACUCAUGUGACGGGGCCAGUGGAUGACAAUGAGAAGUGCUACCCACCACCCAGUGUGCAGUCAUGCCCACAUGGCCUAGUCAGCACGAACAACGUUAACAAGUUGCUUCUGGUGGAUUACUCUGGGAACCGGCUGAUAGCCUGUGGCAGUGCUUCUCAGGGCAUCUGCCAGUUCCUGCGUUUAGAUGACCUUUUCAAGUUGGGCGAACCCCACCACCGCAAGGAGCACUAUCUCUCCAGUGUGAAUGAGUCAGGGACCAUGUCAGGUGUCAUCAUUGAAGUGCAAAAUGGGCAGAACAAACUCUUCAUCGGUACACCCAUUGAUGGCAAGUCUGAGUAUUUUCCUACCCUGUCCAGCCGCAAGCUGAUGGACAGUGAGGAGAAUGCAGAAAUGUUUGGCUUUGUUUACCAGGAUGAAUUUGUCUCUUCCCAGCUCAAGAUCCCAUCAGACACGCUUUCCAAGUUCCCCACAUUUGAUAUCUAUUACAUCUACAGCUUCAGCAGUGAGCAGUUUGUCUACUACCUGACCUUGCAGUUGGACACCCAACUUACCUCACCUGAUUCGACUGGAGAGCAAUUCUUCACCUCUAAGGUCGUCCGGCUAUGCGUGGGUGAUCCCAAAUUCUACUCAUAUGUGGAAUUCCCCAUUGGUUGCGUUCGAGAUGGCAUUGAAUACCGCCUGAUUCAAGAUGCUUACCUCAGCAAGCCUGGGAAGGCGCUGGCCAAACAGCUGGGCAUCACAGAGCAUGAGGAUAUCCUCUUUACAGUCUUCUCUCAGGGCCAGAAGAACAGGGUCAAGCCUCCAAAGGAAUCUGUCCUUUGCCUCUUCACACUGAAGAAAAUCAAAGACAAAAUCAAGGAACGCAUCCAGUCCUGUUAUCGUGGGGAAGGGAAGCUCUCUUUGCCUUGGCUAUUAAACAAGGAAUUGGGCUGCAUAAACUCACCUCUGCAAAUUGAUGACAAUUUCUGUGGGCAGGAUUUUAACCAACCAUUGGGCGGGACAGUCACCAUUGAAGGUGUGCCUCUGUUUGUGGACAAGGAAGAUGGCAUGACAUCAGUAGCUGCUUAUGACUACCGUGGGCACACCGUUGUUUUCGCUGGGACAAGAAGUGGCAAGAUCAAAAAGAUCCUGGUAGACCCUGCCAAUCCCAUUGGACGUUCAGCAUUGCAGUAUGAGAAUGUUGUGGCCCAUGAAGGCAGCUCCAUUUUGCGGGACCUGGUGCUCAGCCCUGAUCUCCAAUACCUCUAUGCUAUGACUGAAAAGCAGGUGACUCGUGUGCCAGUGGAGAGCUGCGAGCAAUAUACAACCUGCGCAUUGUGCCUGGGCUCCAGGGAUCCUCACUGCGGCUGGUGUGUUUUACACAACAUCUGUUCGCGGAAGGACAGAUGUGAACGAGCUGAGGAACCGCAGCGCUUUGCCUCAGAUCUGCGCCAGUGUGUCCAGUUGACUGUCCAGCCAAAGAACAUAUCAGUCACCAUGUCAGAAGUCCCGUUGGUCCUACAGGCCUGGAAUGUCCCUGAUCUCUCUGCUGGUGUGAACUGCUCUUUUGAAGAUUUUACAGAGUCAGAGAGUCGCAUUGAAGAUGGCAGAAUCUACUGCAGCUCUCCUUCUACAAAGGAUGUCAUCCCUAUCACCAGGGGUCGAGGUGAUAAGCAAGUUGUGAAGCUCUACCUCAAAUCCAAGGAGACUGGGAAGAAGUUUGCAGCUGUGGAUUUUGUCUUUUACAACUGUAGUGUUCACCAAUCCUGCCUGUCUUGUGUGAAUGGCUCCUUCCCUUGCCACUGGUGCAAAUAUCGUCACAUAUGUACCCACAAUGCUGCUGACUGCUCCUUUGUGGAAGGACGUGUCAAAAUGUCUGAGGAUUGCCCACAGAUCCUUCCCUCCACCCAGAUAUAUAUUCCUGUGGGUGUGGUGAAACCCAUCACCUUGACAGCUAAAAACCUACCACAGCCACAGUCCGGACAGCGCAAUUAUGAGUGCAUCUUCCAUAUCCCUGGCAGUCCCACACGUGUCACUGCGCUGCGCUUUAACAGCACCAGCAUCCAGUGCCAGAACACCUCGUAUUUCUAUGAAGGGAAUGACAUCAGUGACCUCCCAGUGAACCUUUCUGUAGUGUGGAAUGGGAACUUCAUCAUUGAUAAUCCACAGAACAUUCAAGCUCACCUAUACAAAUGCUCAGCUCUGCGUGAAAGCUGUGGGCUGUGCCUCAAGGCGGAUCCACGAUUUGAGUGUGGCUGGUGUGUUUCAGAAAAGCGGUGUUCCCUGCGCCAACAUUGCCCUGCCUAUGAGAGCAGCUGGAUGCAUGCUAGUAAUGGCAACAGCCGCUGUGCAGACCCCAAAAUCAUCAAGCUGUUUCCUGAAACGGGUCCCCGGCAGGGGGGUACUCGCUUAACCAUCAUCGGUGAGAACCUGGGCCUGAAGUUUGAGGAUGUACGCUUGGGGGUGCGAGUUGGGAAAGUGAUGUGCAUUCCCAUUGAGAGUGAAUACAUCAGUGCUGAGCAGAUUGUCUGUGAGAUUGGAGAAGCCAGCCCUAGCAAAAUCCAAGAUGCACCUGUGGAAGUCUGCGUCAGGGAUUGUUCCCCCAAUUAUAGGGCCACAGCCCUGAAAAGCUUCACCUUUGUGAAUCCCACAUUCUCACAAGUGACACCCUCACGGGGUCCUCUCUCUGGGGGCACCUGGAUUAGCAUAAAGGGAAAGCACCUCAAUGCAGGAAGUGACAUCAUAGUGACCAUCGGGGGACAAGCUUGUGCCUUUUCAUGGAGAAAUGCUGGUGAGAUCCGGUGUAAGACGCCACCUGGCCAGGUCCCAGGGGAGGCACCCAUCCUCAUUCACAUAAACCGAGCUGUUCUUAGCAGUCCUGAAGUGACAUACUACUAUACUGAAGACCCUACAAUUCAGAAGAUAGAUCCUGAGUGGAGCAUCAACAGUGGUGGGACGCUGUUGACAGUAACAGGCACCAACCUGGCCACAAUCAAGGAACCCAGGAUUAGAGCCAAGUAUGGCAGCUCUGAGAAGGAGAAUAACUGCACUGUCUUCAAUGACACCACCAUGGUGUGCUAUGCUCCCUCCAUUGACAACCCGGACCGGAGCCCCCCAGAGCUUGGUGACCGACCGGAUGAGAUUGGUUUUAUCAUGGAUAAUGUCCAGGCCUUGCUGAUCAUCAACAAAACUAACUUUGUGUAUUAUCCAGACCCUGUGUUUGAGUCUCUCCCUUCUGGCAUGUUGGAGCUUAAGCCAAGCUCCCCACUCAUCCUCAAGGGCCGCAACCUGCUCCCUCCUGCAACUGGAAAUUCCCGUCUAAACUACACCGUGCUUAUUGGUGACACUCCCUGUGCCCUCACAGUUUCUGAAACCCAGCUUCUCUGCGAGUCACCAAACCUCACAGGACAGCACAAAGUGACGAUCAAGGCUGGUGGCUUUGAGUUCUCUCCAGGAACGCUGCAGAUCUACUCAGACAACUUGUUGACCCUCCCGGCCAUCAUUGGCAUCGGUGGAGGCGGGGGCCUUCUCUUGCUCAUCAUCAUAAUUGUCCUUAUUGCAUACAAGCGAAAGUCCCGAGAUGCUGAUCGCACUCUCAAACGUUUGCAACUGCAGAUGGACAACCUGGAGUCCCGGGUGGCCUUGGAGUGCAAGGAAGCUUUUGCAGAGCUGCAGACUGAUAUCCAUGAGCUGACCAAUGACUUGGAUGGGGCUGGUAUCCCCUUCUUGGAUUAUCGCACCUAUGCCAUGAGGGUCCUCUUCCCAGGAAUAGAAGACCAUCCUGUUCUCAAGGAAAUGGAGGUCCAGGCCAAUGUAGAGAAAUCCUUGGCCUUGUUUGGCCAGCUCUUGAACAAAAAACACUUCCUUCUGACUUUCAUUCGCACCCUUGAAGCCCAGCGCAGCUUCUCUAUGCGGGACCGGGGCAAUGUGGCCUCCUUAAUCAUGACAGCGCUACAAGGUGAGAUGGAGUAUGCCACUGGGGUGCUCAAGCAGCUUCUCUCAGACCUGAUUGAGAAGAACUUGGAGAGCAAGAACCAUCCAAAAUUACUCUUGAGACGGACGGAGUCAGUGGCUGAGAAAAUGCUGACAAACUGGUUUACGUUCCUUCUGUACAAAUUCUUAAAGGAGUGUGCAGGUGAACCUCUGUUCAUGCUUUACUGUGCCAUCAAACAGCAGAUGGAGAAGGGGCCCAUUGAUGCCAUCACGGGAGAAGCCCGCUAUUCUCUAAGUGAAGACAAGCUCAUCCGUCAGCAAAUUGACUACAAAAUGCUGACUCUGAACUGUGUGAACCCUGAAAAUGAAAAUGCUCCUGAGAUCCCAGUCAAGGUCCUGAACUGCGACACCAUCACACAAGUGAAAGAGAAGCUUCUGGAUGCCGUGUACAAGGGAGUCCCCUACUCCCAGAGACCCAAAGCAGGAGACAUGGAUCUGGUGAGCACGAUCCCCAGUGACCCCAUGCCCUUCUCUUCCAUCGGUGCAGAGUGGCGGCAGGGCAGGAUGGCUCGGAUAAUACUGCAGGAUGAAGAUGUAACCACCAAAAUCGACAAUGACUGGAAAAGGCUCAACACCCUUGCCCAUUACCAGGUGUGGUUGCCCACUGGGUUUAGCCAUAGAGAUGUGGCAGAAGAAAGUUGGCAUCUGAGUGUGACAGACGGCUCCUGUGUAGCACUGGUACCCAAGCAAAAUUCAGCCUACAAUAUUUCCAACUCCUCUACCUUCACCAAGUCACUCAGUAGAUAUGAGAGUAUGCUCCGGACAGCCAGCAGCCCUGACAGUCUCCGUUCCCGGACCCCCAUGAUCACCCCAGACCUGGAAAGUGGCACCAAGCUGUGGCAUCUGGUGAAAAAUCAUGACCACAUGGAUCAACGAGAAGGUGAUCGGGGCAGCAAGAUGGUUUCAGAAAUCUACUUGACCCGACUGCUAGCCACCAAGGGGACCUUGCAGAAGUUUGUUGAUGACCUGUUUGAGACUAUCUUCAGCACAGCCCACCGAGGGAGUGCCUUGCCUCUGGCCAUCAAGUAUAUGUUUGACUUCCUGGAUGAACAAGCUGAUAAGCACCAGAUCAAUGACUAUGACGUCAGGCACACCUGGAAGAGUAAUUGUCUACCUCUGCGUUUUUGGGUGAAUGUGAUUAAGAAUCCCCAGUUUGUGUUUGACAUUCACAAGAACAGUAUUACUGAUGCUUGCCUAUCAGUGGUGGCUCAGACAUUUAUGGACUCCUGCUCAACUUCUGAGCAUAAGCUAGGGAAAGACUCUCCCUCCAACAAACUACUGUAUGCCAAGGACAUCCCCAAUUACAAGAGCUGGGUAGAAAGAUAUUAUGCAGAUAUUGCUAAAAUGCCAGCAAUCAGCGAUCAAGACAUGAGCGCCUACCUAGCGGAACAGUCACGGUUACACUUGAGCCAGUUCAACAGCAUGAGUGCACUGCAUGAGAUCUACUCUUACAUCACCAAGUACAAGGAUGAGAUCUUAGCUGCUUUAGAGAAGGAUGAACAGGCCCGGAGACAGCGGCUGCGGAGUAAGUUGGAGCAGGCAAUUGACACAAUGGCCCUGAGUAGCUGAAAAGGCCGAAGUAGCGAUGCAGACUUCCCUAGCAGUGGAUACUAAGAUAGGGAGACAGAGGGCAUGGAGGUGCGCGGCGAGCAAGAAAGCAAGAAUAUCUUGGGGCCCAGCACCAAGCAAUGCACAGAGUCCGUUGCGUCUUGGAAGACUUUUACACAAGCAAACUGCAAAAACUUAACCACCGUUACCACAAACAAAAAAAAUGAACCUAUGUAGAGACUUUUUGGAAGGCGCGACGUAGUGAAGAAUCUGAAGGACCCUACAAGAUGCUCAAGGAAGGCCAGGGAAAAGAGCCCAAGCUUGGCUGCCACUGCUCCCCAAGGCCUGUCCCGGAUCUGGCAGUGGAAGGUUGGGGACUGCACUAAAUGUCUAGGACGACGUUUUUACAUUAUGGUUUUCUGUAGCGGGUGGGUGGGUAGGUUUUCUCCCGUACUUGCUUCCCUUUCGCACCUUGCCUGGAGAAAUCUUCUCUUCUCUCCCUUUCUCUCUCUCUCUCUGACCUUCUGCCUUUAGUGUUAACUGCUAUAUUUGCACAAUUUCCAAACGCUAGGAAAACAUUUUUUUUAAUUAACAAAAAGAUUUAAAAUGGGGAAGAGGGGCUUCUAAAUUUUUCACAAAAAAAGUUUGCCAUUUUUGGGUGGGUUUGGGGUUUUUUUUACAAAAAAAGAAUAAAGGACCAUUGUUAGA